ACACCAAGACGUAAUCGUAGACAGAGAAGAGUGUCAUCAUUUCAUUAUCUGAUCACAAGCGAUCCUUUCUUCUACCUCUCUCUUUCUCUCUCUAGAAGAAGAACGAGGGGAAAAAACCUAAAAAUUUGCUCCGAGUUCUUUAGAUUUCGUUAGUUUCUGGCUCGAUUGUUUGGGAUUUGAUCGGAGAUGGCGGAUGUCGACACUUGACUCUGAAUCGGGGCUGUUUCUUGUUGAUUCUACAGAGCAAAAGAAACAGCCUGAGGUUAUGAUUGUGAGAUUUUGUGAUAUUGGGAGAUCUCAAGGGUUUGGUCUCGAUUGCUUGGUUGGCGCUGUUGGUGAUCGUUUGGGAUGAGGAAUGAGGGGCAGAGGCCUCAAGGAUCCGGACGAAACAAUGGAUUCAUGAGGAGCUUCUCGAGCUACUUGAGGAUUGUCUCUAAUGGUGCUUCGAAUGUGGCGUCGACUGUGAAAUCUGCGGGGGUUUCGGUCGCUUCGUCCUUAGCUGAUCGCGAUGAGGAUGCUGCUCGUGAUCAGGUGUUUUGGGCUGGAUUUGACAAAUUAGAAAGUCAAGAUGGUGUCCCGCGCCAAGUUCUGUUGUUGGCUUAUAGGUCUGGUUUCCAGGUUUGGGAUGUUGAGGAUGCUGAUGAUGUUCGGCAACUAGUUUCCAGACAUGAUGGUCCAGUUUCAUUUCUGCAAAUGCUAAAGAAACCUGUUGCAAGAAAGAGGUCUGAAGAUAAAUUUUCUGAUGUUCGUCCAUUGCUGGUUGUUGCUGGAGAUGUAUCUCUAUCUGGGAAUAAUAACAAUUCUGAUGGUGGGACCUUUCCUUCCAAUGAAAGUGCAGGUUUUACCCAGGAGCUGGGUAAUGAUAACUCAUUGCCUACAUUUGUUCACUUUUAUUCAUUAAAGGUUCAUGAUUAUGUUCAUGUUUUGAAGUUCAGAACAGCAGUUUAUUCAGUGAGGUGUAGUCCUCGCAUUAUAGCUAUUUCUCAAGCUGCUCAGAUUCAUUGCUUUGAUGCUGAAACUUUAGAGAGAGAAUACACUAUUCUCACAUGUCCCAUAGUUUGGGGAAGUCCUGGAUCUGGGGGUAUAGGUUAUGGACCACUUGCAGUUGGUCCUAGGUGGUUUGCGUACAGUGGAACUUCAGUUAUUGUGUCAAAUACUAGUCGCGUAAGCCCACAGCACCUGACCACCACUUCAGGUUUAUCUCAAUCUUAUUCAAAUGGAAGUUUGGUGGCACAUUAUGCAAAAGAAUCAAGCAAACAGCUUGCAGCUGGUAUUGUGACCCUUGGAGAUAUUGGGUACAAGAAGCUUUCAAAGUAUUGCUCUGAAUUUGUAGCUGACAACAAUGGCUACGUAAAAAAUGGAAGUUCCAGCCUUAAAGCGAAUGGUACUAUCAACAGUCAUGUGCCUGAUAUAGACAAUGUUGGAAUGGUUAUUAUACGAGAUAUUGUUCUCAAAUCUGUUAUUGUGCAGUUCAGGGCACAUAGGAGUCCUAUUUCUGCAUUAUGUUUUGAUCCCAGUGGGACCUUAUUAGUUACAGCAUCCAUUAAUGGUCACAAUAUAAAUGUAUUCCGAAUUAUGCCUUCUCCACAAUGUAGUUCAUCACACAUUGGUGCAAUGGGGAAUUGCAUUCAUCUUUACAGGUUGCAACGUGGCAUCACAAACGCGGUCAUACAAGAUAUCAGUUUUAGUGAUGACAGCCAAUGGAUAAUGAUCAGUUCAUCUAGGGGUACUAGUCAUUUAUUUUCAGUUUCUCCCUCUGGAGGUUUUUUAAACCUCCAGGUCUCUGAUGCCAAUUUGAUAAAUGGCAGCAAUGCACCUGAUCUGACAUUGAAGACUGGGCCCCAAAACUCUGUUCCAUCUAAGGCUAACAGCCAAAAUCUCCUUUACCCCUCUGGCAAUCCAAUUACAUUGUCAGCCGUAAGCAGAAUUAGAAAUGGGAAUGGGUGGAAAGGAGCUGUGUCUGGUGCCGCAGCAGCUGCUACAGGCCGCGUUAGUCCUCUUUCUGGAGCCAUUGCUUCCGUCUUUCACAACUGUAAGAGUUCUGGCCUGUACCAAGACUUCAACUCAUUAAGGACAAAAUACCACUUGCUUGUUUUCUCUCCAUCUGGAAGCAUUAUUCAGUAUGUUUUGCGGCAGUUAAGUGGGAAAGAUUCUGGCAUGGAUAUAACUGGAUUAGGUACAGUUUCUAGUGGGUUGUCACAAGAGUGUGAUUCGAGGAUAGUGGUGGAGCCACUUCAGAAAUGGGAUGUUUGUCAUAAAAGGAACAGAAGAGAUAGAGUUGAUUAUCUUGACGUGUAUGGUGAACAUGGGAAUGGAGAAAGCUCCAAGGUUACCCAGAAAGGGGUGAAAAGAGGAACUAGUAUUUAUCCCACUGACAAGGGUUCAGAUGCAAAAGUGAAAGAUAGCGUUGAAGAAAACCAUCACAAGUACAUAUCUGAGGCUGAAUUGCAUAUGCAUUCAGCUCAGGUUCCAUUGUGGGCAAAGCCUGAGAUAUACUUUCAAGUGAUGACAGUAGGAAACACCAUCACAGACAAUGACAGUGAUAUGGGUGGAGAAACUGAGAUAGAGAAGGUUCCAACUCGAACAAUUGAAUCUAGGUCAAAGGAACUGAUACCAGUUUUUGACUGUCUUCAGACACCUAGAUUGCAACAGUCAAGAAAUGGGUUGCUAAUGCGCCAGAAAUCUGGAAUUUCUGAGGAUGGAAGGCUUUCACGCAGAAGCAGUUGUAGUUCCCUUGAGCACAUUUUGGAAAGUUCUGCAUCAGGAGAGCAUCCCAACAGCAUUAAUGAGCAUUGUAGGGGUAGUUUCCAUACAUCAGUAACUGAGGAUGUUGUAAAUAACAGCAAGGACAGCUGCAGCAUGACGAGUGCACUCGAGUUUGUAUAUAGUAGAGAGGGCCUGACGAUGGAGCCCCACCUCGAGCAUGUAAAUAGUAAAGAAAGUCUGAAAACUGAAAACCACUUUGUGGAUCAUGACAAUGACAUCGAUUAAGAUUGCAUGAAUUGUCGAAGUUUUAUGGUUCGGUUAGAUCUCCCUCAGGUGUGCAGCAGCUAUUCUUUCAUUCUCUCAAAAGGCCUUCUAACUUCUGUUUGUGUAUGUAUCGGAGUGGUGAAAUGUAAAGCAAAGAGAGGGUUCAUCUGUGAAGAUAUUACAUUGGGGAUAGAUUCCAUUCCUUGCAUACCUUUGUAAAUAAAAGUUUCUUCAUUAAGUUUUCAAUAAUUGACUGUAACUGUAAAUAACGCUAAGACUGAAGAAUCUGCUUCAGUAUCAACUGCUACUAUGUGAGGAUAUAUAUACUAUUGUUCAUUUGUAAAGUAGGAAGUCCCUUUUGGUUCA